AUGGUGCCCGGAGGCCACCGCCGCCGCGCGGGCCCGAGAGGUGAGGGUGUCCCCGCGGCCCCCUGCACGCGUCGAGAGGCGCGCGGCGCGUCGGGGCAGCGAGCGCAGAGCGGGAUGCCAGCGCCGUGGAGCUCCCCGAACCCGGGCGGAGCCCCGGAGCCCGACCGCGACGCCAACCCCACACCGUGGAGACCUUGGAUCCUCACAUCCCAUGAAGCUGAGCUGACCAGAACUGGAAGCCGGCUUGAACCUGGAGGUGACCAACAAACUCCGGGAUCAAAGGGGGCCUUUGGGUUUCAGCAUCCUGUAAGACUUUAUUUACCCAUUUCAAAGCGCCAAGAGUAUCUGCAAAGUUCUGGGGAAAAAGUGCUGGCCAGUUUCCCAGUGCAAGCCACAAUCCACUUCUACAACGACGAGUCCGAUUCAGAUGAUGACGAGCAAGAGGCGGAAAACCAGACUUCCCAGCUUCAGCGCCGGGAGACGCAAGGUCCAGCAGAGAACAGCCUGGGAGGGAAGGGCAGAGGUCAGCCAGCAAACCCAGGAUGGAGUUCUGUAGGACACAAUGGCCUCGGUGGGAAGGGUCCACUCCCUCAUGGUGACCCUCUGGAGGGCACAGAGCCUGCCUCACCCAAAUAA